AUGUACGAAGGGAUUGACAAUCUGAAAUCCCUUUACGACCGUGCCGGGAAGACUUUCUCCAGCGGUCCUUCUGCGGCACAGGAUGCGCCGCGUCGUACUGCUCAACCAGACCCAGUACGUCGAUCAUCAGUUGGGAGCGGGGCUCCCAAGAAUCCCAGGACGAGGGAUAGCCGCGCCACCGGACGAGAUAACUCGUCCGACGUCCGUUCACGUCGCGGUGGUUCAACAGCUGCUCAACUAGAUAGCGCUGGCCACCGCGAGAGUCCUCUAAUGGAGAGCUUCUUUGAUCGCGUAACGCAAGGGUUACGCGACGAUCUCGAGCAUGAGCGGGACAGGCGUCUCCAAAUGGCGGACACUGCCUCGAAGCAUCGAGCUGAGUUUGCCUUUGCUCAGCUUGAGAACGAGAGAUCUCUGACGUCUCUUCGUGACGAGCUAAGGGUAGCUCGUGAGAUUGUUGAUCGGUCUCGGGAUGAGAUAGCUGCUCUUCAGACCCUUGUUGAUGCCCACCAUCGGGAGCACAAGGCUCUCUGCGAGAUGCUUGAGCGCAAGGGCGUUCUUCAUCGGAAGAAGCAGCGUACUGAUGGUACGGCUUAG